AUGAACGGUUUUGUGCCUCGCCACUCACAAUCUGCUAAUUUAACGUCAUUGGAUGGUCGAGGAGAGGGGCCUGCCAGUGCCACUGGGCCUCGUUACCGUAUGUCAGAUGAGCUGCUUACUCUCACAUUCUCAAUCGAUCUUCCUACAGUUUACUAUCGCCCUUAUCAGGAAGACAGCACAAUUGAAUCGAGAAGCCCCGCCUACUCAAAUGAUCGUUUCGUCGGCCGUAUCUUAUCAAAGGCUGUCACGCCUCCGCAUACCGCUUCUUCUCUCAAAAGUCACCUAUGCGACAUCGAGGGGUUUUCAGGAUCUGAGAACGCGUCUCUGUAUUUGUCACUUUCCAGCCAAAUGAUCUUGGAUAAUGCUUCUCGCCUCGCUCUCAUGAACCGCUAUGGCCCAGGCUCGUCAGAGAAAGAGCCUAUGGUUCUGCUCAUCAAGAAUGUUGAAAAAUGGUCGACUGGUGCACGUCAAACACCAGCAGGACUUCCUGAGAAUCCACUGGCCAACAACAUCAAUUACGUUUACUACUGCUAUUACAAUAAGAAGGGCGAAACCACCUCGAAAACGUCUUUUGAUGAAGACGAUCCCGCCUUGGGACGCAUAAAUUCCCUGUCCGUCGCACCGCCCUUCAAUGUCUCAUCUUUAAAAGCACGGCUCGGUAAAGCUGAGGGUAUUGGUGCCAAGAAUUUACAACUAUUUGAGGACCUGAGCGCCGACAGUCCCAUGAGCGAUUUAGACGGUAUAGCCCUUCUUACAGAUCAGUCCCCCAGUUCCACGGCAGACGAACCGAUGGCCUUUGUUUGCCUCAAUUCUGUGGACUCGUUGCCGGAAUCUAAGCCCCAGGAAGUCAAGACGCGAAUUAAACUCAGAACCACAGAUAUGUUCGGUGACUCAUUUAACAUCUAUAAAUCUUAA